AUGUCUCAGCAAUCAGCUGCGCCCAAGCCUUCGUUGCAGGGGGUCAGAAUCAGAGCACGAAAGGGCGCAGUCAAGGCCCAUGCAAAGCACGAGCCCGCAGUUUUCCGCGACCAGCUCUACAAACACCUCGAGACUGUGCCCGCAGACGACUUCGACGGGCUCACGAACAAACUCGUCCAGGCCGGCUCCACGCUCGAGUUCCUCAAAUAUGCCGAUGCGCUCUUCGAGAUCCUCCUCGCCGGCGGGCUUCUCCAGCCCGGCGGCUCCUACGUCGAGGAGGAAGUGCCCCCCGCGGCCUUCUCCAUCGUCGCCGCGAAGGAGCCUGCCGAUUUUGCGGACCUGAAGCUCCACGUCGAGGUUGUCAACAAGCUCGUCAGGAGGUACAAGUACCUCCAACGCCCCCUCGAGGAGUCGUCCCUUCCGACGAUUCUCCAGUACAUCAACCGCUGGACGGAGCCCCAGCGCGAGAAGCUCGCUAUCGCCAUCGGGCUCCUCAUCUCCCAGGGUCUCGCCAGCGCCAGCUGCCUGCAGAGUCUCACGAAGGACCACCUCGUGAAAAACGACCUGUCGGUGACGGUGAUCACGCUGAUCUUCCGCGCGUGCCUCGCGGAGCAGUCCAUCGACCACCUCGCGGGCGCACUCAAGCGCGGCGGGAUCCGCGACCUCCUCGCGUUCUUCCCGCCGAACCGGCGCGAGGACCGCGUGCUCGAGGAGCACUUCCGCCGCGCGGGCCUCCCACAGGUUGCCGACUGGUGGACCAAGCGCCAGUUCGCGUCCCUCAAGGACGGCGUCAUCAAGGCGCUCCAGGAGAUGCUCCAGCGGGACCUCCCGCACCGCGAGAUCGUCGCGGCGAUCAAGAGCAGGCAGGAGGAGCAGCCGCUCCCCGAGACGGAGCUCAUACAGUGCAUCUGGCAGGGCCUCAUCUCCUCCAUCGAGUGGAGCGCGCGCCAGGACCAGAAUGAGGCACUCGCGCUGCGCGAAAUCUCGGGCUUCGCGGACAUCAUCGAGCCGUUCUGCAACGGCGCCAAGACGGAAGUGGCGCUGAUCAACACCGUGCAAGUGUACUCGUACGAAGACACACGUAUCAUUAAGGCGUUUCCCCAGGUUUUGAAGGUUUUGUAUAACAAGGAUUGUAUCUCCGACCAAGCUAUCAUAUACUGGCACCAGAAGGGCGCGAAGGCCCAGGGAAAGCAGCAUUUCCUGCAGGCGACACAGCCGCUCGUGAAGUUCUUGCAGGAGCAAGAAGAAGAGAGCGGCGACGAGGAGUAG